AUGAAGAAAAACAGAGAAAGAUUCUGUAACCGAGAGAGGGAAUUUGUGUAUAAAUUCAAAAUAGGAAGUCAGUGCUUAGAACUGAGGGUGCCCCUCCAAUUUCCUGUUCAAGAGAAUGCCAGUUACUUACAUGGACGCCUGAUGCUGCUGCACAGUUUGCCAUGCUUUAUAGAAAAAGACUUAAAAGAAGCUCUGAUCCGGUUUAUAGAAGAAGAAUCCCUCAGAGAUUAUGAUAGAGAGGCUGAAGCAUCACUGGAAGCUGUGAAAUCUGGUGAAGUAGAUUUACAUCAUCUGACAAGUACAUGGGCCAAAGCUUAUGCUGAGACCACAUUAGAGCACGCAAGGCCUGAAGAGCCCAGCUGGGAUGAAGAUUUUGCAGAUGUGUACCAUGACCUAAUUCAUUCUCCUGCCUCUGAAACGCUCCUAAAUUUGGAACAUAAUUAUUUUGUUAGUAUCUCAGAACUGAUUGGUGAAAGAGACGUGGAGCUGAAAAAAUUACGAGAGAGACAAGGUAUUGAAAUGGAAAAAGUGAUGCAGGAGUUGGGAAAAUCACUGACAGAUCAAGAUGUAAAUUCACUGGCUGCUCAGCAUUUUGAAUCCCAGCAAGACUUAGAAAAUAAAUGGUCAAAUGAAUUAAAACAAUCAACUGCCAUCCAAAAACAAGAGUAUCAGGAAUGGGUGAUCAAACUUCAUCAGGACCUAAAAAACCCCAACAACAGUUCCCUCAGUGAAGAAAUUAAAGUUCAACCAAGUCAGUUCAGAGAAUCAGUAGAACCAAAUGGAAGGAUUUAUGAGGAACAGAGAAAGUUAGAAGAAAGUUUUACCAUUCACUUAGGUGCUCAGUUGAAGACCAUGCAUAAUUUGAGAUUGCUGAGAGCAGACAUGCUGGAUUUCUGUAAGCACAAAAGAAAUCAUCGAAGUGGUGUGAAACUCCAUCGACUCCAGACAGCUCUGUCACUUUAUUCCACAUCACUCUGUGGCCUGGUUUUACUAGUAGAUAAUAGAAUUAAUUCAUAUAGUGGUAUUAAAAGAGAUUUUGCCACAGUUUGCCAAGAGUGCACUGAUUUUCAUUUUCCUCGAAUUGAAGAACAACUGGAAGUUGUCCAGCAGGUGGUACUUUAUGCUAGAACCCAGCGCAGGAGUAAGUUGAAAGAAUCACAUGAUUCUGGAAACCGAAAUGGAGGAAGUGAAGAUAAGUCUAAAAAUGCUGAUAGAAACUAUUUAAAUAUUUUACCUGGAGAAUUUUAUAUUACAAGGCAUUCUAAUCUCUCAGAAAUCCAUGUUGCUUUUCAUCUUUGUGUGGAUGACAAUGUGAAAUCUGGAAACAUCACUGCUCGCGAUCCUGCCAUUAUGGGGCUCCGAAACAUACUCAAGGUUUGCUGCACCCACGACAUCACAACAAUAAGUAUUCCUCUCUUGCUCGUGCAUGAUAUGUCAGAGGAAAUGACUAUACCAUGGUGCUUAAGAAGAGCAGAACUUGUGUUUAAGUGUGUCAAAGGUUUCAUGAUGGAAAUGGCUUCAUGGGAUGGAGGAAUUUCUAGGACAGUGCAAUUUCUGGUUCCACAGAGUAUUUCUGAAGAAAUGUUUUACCAACUUAGUAACAUGCUUCCCCAGAUCUUCCGAGUAUCAUCAACACUUACUCUGACAUCCAAGCACUAA